CCAGUUGGGCGCGGCCACUUUGGCGACGUCACCCUCGCGCGCGUCCGGGCGACCCGUGCGCUCGUCGCCGUCAAGGCGGUCGGCAAGGCGGCCGCCACCGAGGGGUGCCCAUGCCUCGACCUCACCGCCGAGGCGACAGCCCUCACCGAGCUGAGGCACCCAAACAUCGUGCGGCUGAUCGCCGUCUGGGACUCGCCCGCCACGCUCUUCCUCCUGCUCGAGCACGCCGCCGGCGGCGACCUCCUCGCCCGGAUGCGCUCGCUGCCGGGCGGAGUCCUCCCCGUCGGCGAGGCGAGGCACCACUCUGCGGCCGUCUUCCGCGCGAUUGCCUUUCUGCACCGGCGCGGCUACAUCCACCGCGACGUGAAGCCCGCCAACGUCCUCCUCUCCGCCUGCGGGGAGGCCCGCCUCGCCGACUUUGGGCUCGCCGUCCGCACCGCCGGCCGGCCUCUCACGCAGAUAGUCGGCACGCAAGAGUUUUUGGCGCCGGAGAUGGUCCUGUGCGGCCAGGGCGAGGCGCAGGGGUACGGCUCCAGCGUGGACGAGUGGGGAGCCGGCCUCCUCCUGUUCGGGGCCCUCUACGGCUUCAACCCCCUCCAGCGGCGCACCGAGGUUGGCACGCUCGCCGCCAUCCUGCGCGCCGAGUGGACUCUGCCCACCGAGAGGACAACCUCCCCUGAGCGGCUCGCAGAGUGCCGAGCGGCGGCGCGGCUGAUCGGACGGCUGCUCGUCGCCGACCCGGCCCGCCGCUGGACGGCGCGCCGCUGCCUUCUCGACGACGAGUGGCUCACCGGG